AUGAAUGAUGAAGCCUCGGAUACCGCCCCCAGCGAUGAGGUUGCGCUUGGGGGAAGACUGACACAACCUCUAGCAGAGGCAAGCGGAGCAAGUGGCGCUCCUCUGCGAAACGGAACCACAAGGCCAGGCGUCUCAACUAGGAUUACAAGAGGAAACAGCUUGGAUGUGUUAAGUCAAAGUUCAUCAGAACUCGCACAAGACAAUCCCGCUCCACCUCAAGCACGAAGGCAGCAUUGGACAAGAGCAAUGAAUACAAGUCUAAUAAAUGCAUAUUACGAAGCUACAGAGGGAGGGACUCAAACAAAAAAAUACGCAGCAAAAUUAGUGGAACUCUGGACGAAAACCUACCCAGACAAGCAGUUCACCGGAAAGCACCUAAUCGCGCAGAUAAAGAAUAUUAAGUCGAGAAAACUACUCUCUCCAGAUGAACUCGAGGCGAUGAAGGCAGACUCAGUGAGAAAAUCCCCAACUCAAACAAUUAACAACAUACGGAGAAGCAUCCAACGAAGAAGUUUACAACCACAACAGGAAAGAAGUCCACAACUACAACGAGAAAGAAGUCCACAAUCACAACACGAGAUAAUCUCACAGCCACAACAAGAAGUAACUAAGGAUGACGAGGCAACUUUAGGAAUACAUGCGCUGUUUCAGGAAAUCAACAUUCAAUGGGAAGGAGUAGAGAUAACCAGCAAACCGAAAAUCUCUAAACUGAAUACCAAUAAAGAGACCUCUGCAAUGAUGAAAACCAUUGAUGAGACCCUUGAUGAAACGUUUAACAACUCAACAAGCCUAGAAGAACUGUGCCACAAGGUAUACUGUGCCACCAUCAUGGCAAAUACAAUUCAACACACCAAGACCACAAAUCCAAACCAUCAACAACAAAAAAGACCACCUUGGGAGGAAAGGAUUGAGAGGAAAAUCGCAAAACACAGACAAGUAAUAGGAGUCAUACACAGUUACUCGAACACCGACAAACCAUCCAAGAAACUAGCAAAGAAAGCCCAGAGCUACGCAAGAAGGAAGAAACUGAAAAAGGAUGACAAAGAACACCUGAGAAUGCACAUGGAAACCAUGAAACAGAAAAUUGCGGCACUGGAGAGCAGAAUGCGAAGAUACCAUAAGAGAACACGGAAACACCGAGAAAAUAACCUUUUCUCGAACAACCAAAAAGAGUUCUUCAAGAGGUUAGAAGAGGGUCACAAAAAUCAGAGAGAGGCACCCCCAAACCCUGCCGAGAUGCAGAAGUACUGGUCGAACAUCUGGUCCAAAAACGAGGUACACAACAAGGAAGCCUCGUGGAUCAAAACCAUACUGAAGAACAAGCCGAUCUGGAUGAAAUGGCCCCAAUAA